AGCAAUGCUGCAUCUACCACCGCAUUCAUUUGUGACUUAAAGUCUUCAAUCAUCAAUUCGACCAAGGCUCCCAAAAAGUUAUCCCAACCAAAAGUCCAUUCAGAUAUCGGAAUCUAAGAUCCACCAAACCUUGUUUAGCCAGAAUCUAAAAUUUUCCGAAACCUAAUUCUCCCAAUUCUAGUAUAAUCCGAAUCUCCAUCUCUUUCUUCUUUCUCCAGUUUGUUUCAGUUUUCGGCGAUGGAAGCUGUUCCGGAUCAAGACAUUAGUAUAUGCACUCACUGUGAUCGGGCUGUCCCUGUUGCAAAUAUUGACUUGCAUUAUGCUCAUUGCUCUCGGAAACUUGAAAAAUGCAAAAUCUGUGGUGAUAUGGUUCCUAGAAAAAACGUGGAGGAUCAUUAUUCAAACACACAUGCACCGGUUCCUUGUUCAUUAUGCAGUGAGACAAUGGAGCGUGAUAUUUUGGAUAUCCAUAAAGGUGAAGAAUGCCCUCAAAGGAUUGUCACUUGUGAGUUCUGUGAGUUUCCAUUGCCAGCAAUUGAUCUGGCUGAGCAUCAGGAAGUAUGUGGGAAUCGAACAGAACUUUGUCACAUAUGUAACAAAUAUGUUAGACUUCGUGAAAGAUUCAGCCAUGAGGCUCGGUGCAAUGGCAUUAUCCAAGAUACUUCUGUGGGCUCUUCAAGCAGGCAUAAAUCCAGUUUCGAGUCUUCAUUCAACAUGUUAAGCUGUAAGGAGUAUUGGUCCUUGAAAUGGAAUGUGAGGGAAACCGAGGGAGAUCCAGCUGCUGCUAGAAGAAGGCCGCAGAAUGACUUCUCAACUAAACGCCUUCUUUUCACAAUAGCCAUCACUGGUAUUGCUGUGAUACUGGGAUCUUUUUUUCUACAGAGGAAGGCAGAGCCCAGUGAUGUGCAUUAGCGACGAAACCAAAACCUUUUAGGAUCCUGCCUUUUCUGUACAAUUCAUUCCCCUGCAUCAGAAGCCGUCGAGAACACAUCGGCAUUGUCAUUAUAGAAAAUAUAUGUAGUUUACAUGCUUCAUUUGUUGAAAAUAUUUCAGUAUUUCAGGAGAUUUUCUGUUCCUUUUUAUUCAUUCUGAUGGUAAUUUCUAGAAA